AUGGGCUCGGGAAAACUGCAUCUGAAAGAAACCUCAGCAGAACGACAAGAACGCGAACUCCGCAAGGCCCGUAAAGCCGCACGGAGAGCAGCCAAACGAGCCGAACGACACCGUUCACGGUCAAGCUCACCCUCGGACGAUCGAUCUACAAACAAGCGCCGUCGACGUGAUCCUGCACGGGAUCCAUGGAACAGCGGCGAUGCGUACGGGCCACCCCCGCCAGGGAGUCAUAGCAAGCCCGACUAUGAGACUCUCCAGGCAGAGCUGGAGGAACAGCGCUGGCGCGAGAAGAUGUGGGAUGCCAUGGACGAAGACAGCACGUUCGCCGCGAGCGGGACGAGCCGCCUGGACGCGCUCGAGGCGGAGAUGAACGCGCACGCCCACGUUCCGAAGAGAUGGAGGGGUCCGCACGCGGGUCUGGCUGACACGGCUGACCUUGCGGGCCUCGACCCGAGCCAGAUGGAGGACGAGGAGUACGCGGAGUGGGUCAGAAUUGGGAUGUGGAGGAAGAAAAAUCCGGAUUAUUAUGCCGAACAAGAACGUCUCAAAACCGAAGAACGGGCCCGCAAAGCUCGUGAGCAGGCCAUCCGCGACGAGACACGGCGACUACACCUACAGUACAUUGAGGAGACCAAGCAGACCAGGGUCGCGCGCGACCGGAAGCGCACGGAAGAAGCGAGGGAGCGCUAUGAAGCAGGAUGGAAGACCCUCCUCAGCAGCAAGGCUAACGAAGCCGCGCCUGAGCUUGCUUUCGCUGAUAUACCCUGGCCAGUCUCCGUGCCGCGCAAACACGCACUGUCGCUGGAUGACAUCAGCCGGGACUGCAUAUCGUCGUUCCUGUUUUCUACGCUGCAGCCAGACGCAGAUGGGAAGGAGGCGUCGGGCGACACGCUGAAGACGCGCAAGGAGAUCGUCCGCGAGACCCUCCUCCGCUUCCACCCCGAUAAGUUCGAGGGGCGCGUACUGCGGAGGGUAAAGGACGCAGACAAGGAUACAGUGCGCGAGGCGGUGGGCCGUGUUGCGCGGGCGCUGAACGAAUUGAUGGCGAAGGACGAUGCGUGA